UUUUCGAUUGUCCUUUAAAAACGUUCACUUCCCGGAUACUGGCGCAUUUCUGUUUUGCAGUGCCGCAGACACCUGUCGACACUUUGUAAAGGUUAUCUGCCAGCAACCUUAAACGAUUAAUUUUAUACAAGCAGGAGUGUUUUUGUGUACUUCACUUUUCAUCAAAGAUGGCUCCAACGCAAACGAGAUCGGAGCAGCGACCGAUACCGCAACAAAUAAACCACACGGAACAGAUGGAUGAGAAAUUGGGACGCUGUUUGCCUUCUGUAUCAGGUGGCGAGGUGGUGAAUCUUAUGGAAUUGCGGGCGCUUCCAGAAUGCGACGACGUGCAGGCGCUGCGGGACCGCUGCUGCGCGGCGCAGACCUCUCACGGCCGACGACCGCCGCUGGAGCGACGGAGCUUCCUGCACCAAAGACACUGCCUGCAGCUCGUCCUUGACAUUAGUGCUAAACGGAGUCAAAUAAACAGAAAAUCCAUUUCACCUAAAAUGUUGCCAUUUUACAAAAGUUUCUUUGAUAUAAGCGGAACUUGGUAUACAAACUUAACUGAAAAUAGAAGAAGAAAGUGUGGGACACUUCUCCAAUUUUGUCUUCGAAUGAUGUUUUUUAUAUACAAACAACAUUUGAUUCCA